UCCUCGAAGACGGAAAUGCGCCGCAGCGCCACUUCCGGUCGGCGGAAUUAAACCAUCAGGCCCGUUUGGUUUUGAUUAAUAGGUUUAAUAAUAUUUGGAUAUUUUUCUCGGUGGAGUUUCCAAUCUUCUGUCUUUAUUAAAAAGAUAAAGAGAAUCCUCCGCCAACAUCCGCGGCUCCACGGACGCUGCUCUCUGCCGUUAGCCUGGUUAGCCGUUAGCCUGGCUAGCGGAGUUAGCUCGGCUCGGCCCGGACUGGACCCGCUCAGCUCGGCCGCCAUGGGGGCUCACCGCAGCGAGGGCCGCCGGGACCCGGAGCCGGAGCCGGAGCCUGCCGGGCCGGAGCCGCCCGGCCUCAGCCCGAAGCCAUGGAACCUGAUGAUCAAACACAGACAGAUCCACAGGCGUGGACGACGUUCCCACAUGACGGUCAGCUACACGGACCCGCUGGUCUCCAUGGAUCUGUUGAGGGCGGUUCUUCAGCCAAGCUUCAACGAUGACAUCAUGGCCGUGUUCAGGAAGUACCAGAAGUUCUUUGAGAAGGCGGCGGAGAACGUGAAGGAGAACGUGGGAGACGAUGUCCAGACAGACCAGCUGAUCCGAGAGGCCUGCCGGAACGUUCUGGAGCAUGCCAAGCAGCUGUUCCCCGAGGGGGAGGGGAAGACCAACCGGCCGGGGUCAGAGGUCAACGCCAAGAGGGGGCGGCCGGCGGACGACGACUCCAGCCAGAGAGGAAGUCCGGUUCCCAAGAAGAGGAAGGGUCGUCCCUGUGGUCCAGCUGUCUCCUACGAGCGACCUUUGACCUUCUCCAGUCAAGUGAAAGCAAAAUCAGAUCCAGUGAAGAGAGAUGGACCCAAGUGGGAUCCAGCCAGGCUGACGGACAGCAGCACGUUCGUUCUCGGUUCCCGCGCCAACAAGGCGCUGGGGAUGGGCGGGACCAGAGGACGGAUCUACAUCAAACACGCAGAUCUGUUCAAGUAUGCGGCAGAUGCACAGGAUAAACACUGGCUGGCUGAGCGGCAGCACAUGAGAGCCACUGGAGGGAAGAUGGCCUACCUGCUGAUUGAGGAGGACAUCCAGGAUCUGUCUCGCAGUGAUGAGUACAAGGACUGCCCGGACGUCAGGAUGGACGAGCUGAAGCCGUUCUCGGUUCCUGUCUGGAUGGUGGAGAAGAUGCAAAGAGCCAUGGAGGCCCAGAGGCUGGCCGACCUCUGACCUCUGACCUCGCCGCCAGCCAGUCACAUGACCCACAGCCAGGUGUUCACACCUGUUUUCAAACCUCCUGUUUGUUUUUUAAGAAAAUAAAAAGUAAAGCAGU